AUGUUUUACGACUUGAAUGUCCCAUACAGCCCCGAUGACUCGGAGGCCCCGCACACCCUGAAUUUUCUGGCGGAACUCGGUUAUACCACCGUCGCCUUGUCCCAGUCCGUCACUGGAAAGCUACCUCCGAGCCUUAACCCGCCAGCUCUUCCAUCAAAUCCGCCAAAACCUCUUCAAUUGCUGACUCGUUUGAACCUGACUUUGGCCGAUCCCGCGCAGAACCAGCGCCUGAACACCCUGACUCAGGCCUACGAUAUAAUUGCCUUCCGGCCAACGAACGAGAAGGCGCUCCUCAACGCCUGUACAAAUCUGGAAUGCGACGUGAUCUCGCUCGAUCUUUCCGUGCGACUCCCAUAUCAUUUCAAAUUUAAAAUGCUAUCGGCUGCAAUAUCACGUGGUAUUCGGCUUGAGAUUUGCUACGGUCCAGGAGUCACGGGGAGCGGAUUGGAUGCUCGCCGGAAUCUCAUUGGAAAUGCCAUGUCUCUGAUCCGAGCUACACGCGGCCGCGGCAUCAUUGUGUCAAGUGAGGCGCGGCAAGCUCUUGGCCUGCGAGCUCCCUGGGAUGUGAUAAACUUGACUUGCGUGUGGGGUCUGUCACAAGAACGCGGCAAGGAAGCUAUUUGUGAGGAGGCACGGAAGGUUGUGGCGCUUUCCAAAUUGAAGCGGACUAGCUGGCGCGGGAUUGUCGACAUCGUUCACGGGGGCGAGAGAUCCAAACCCGCAAAUUCCCCACAUAAUUCAAAAACUAAAGAACAAGCUCCGGAUACAGCACAGCUGGGGGCUGCUGGCGAGACUCUCAAGCGAAAGGCAUCUCUCGGUUCGGAGACCAUCAUCGAGGAGCCGGAGAAGGCCUUGUCGAAGAGAGAGAUGAAAAGACGCGCAAAAAAAGCCAAAUUUGAGUCACGGGGAGGAGACACAAGCUGA